UCGCGGCUUUAUUUCAUUCUCCCUUACAUUUUAUUAAUAAUAACUCGGAAUGAGAGUCUUUUAUUGAGUGUAGAUUUAAAUAAAAGUUACUUUGUUAAGGAUUCGUUAGCUAUGUGACAAUGAAUUAAUAUUUUCUCGUUGUGAUUAGUGCAUUUGGGGCCACGAACUCCACGCUGUGUACCAUGAGAAGCUCUGUGUAGUAGGUAUAAGUAAAGAGAAUCAACGAUGAUGGCUUCGAUGUCGGCCGGCGGGCCGGGGGACCCGCACACGCAAAUGAACACGUACCGUAGCUACGUGACUAUGCUGGCGGACCCCGGCGCUAAAGAUGAGAUCAAACUCAAGGCGGCGCAGGAACUGAGCGAAAAUUUCGAGGUCAUAUUGAGUUCACCUCAAUAUCCUCAAUUCCUGGACCACUCACUCAAGAUAUUUCUCAAGAUACUGCAGGAGGGUGAGCCUCACUUCAUAGCAGAAUACAAUAUUCAACAAGUGAGGAAGCUUAUACUAGAAAUGAUACACCGUCUUCCUAUCAGUGAGACACUUAGGCCUUAUGUAAAGAGCAUACUGAUUCUUAUGUUGAAACUGAUGGAGAUAGAGAAUGAAGAGAAUGUUCUAGUUUGUUUGAAGAUUUUCAUGGAAUUACACAAACAGUACAGGCCUCCAUAUAGCACUGAAGUUGAUAUACACAAAUUCCUACAGUGGGUAAAAGGCAUUUAUUCAGAUCUGCCAAACCAUCUGCCUAAAAUAUUUGAGCCCAAACCAACAAUAAGGGUGAAGGACCUCUCCGAAGUAAACAUUGAGCAGCUGCUGCAGGAGACAUACACCACCACACCCAUACACACUGAAAAGAAGUUGCUUGAUGGAAGUGUUGUUACUUACAAUUUGAUACCAAGAUCAGUGCUGUCAUUGAAAGUGAUACAAGAGUUACCAAUCAUAGUAGUUCUAAUGUAUCAAUUGUACAAACAGAAUGUACAUCAGGAAGUAAGCAAUUUUAUUCCUCUCAUAAUGGAGACAAUCACUUUGCAGCCAGCUGCUAACCACAGACAAUCAGCGUCAUUCAACAAAGAAGUGUUUGUGGACUUUAUGGGGGCUCAGAUAAAGACGCUGGCGUUUCUUGCGUACAUUAUCAGGAUAUACCAGGAUACCAUAGCUAACCACGCCAGUCUCAUGGUGAAGGGCAUUAUCGGCCUGCUCACCCUAUGUCCGCCUGAGGUGGCGCACCUGAGAAAAGAAUUAGUUAUAGCUACUCGACACAUCCUUGCUACGGAUUUGAGACUUAAGUUUGUCCCAUACAUGGAGCGCCUGUUCGACGAGGAUGUCCUAUUAGGCGACGGAUGGACUGUCCACGAGACACUGCGCCCGCUCGCAUACUCCACACUAGCUGACCUUGUGCACCAUGUGCGACAACACUUGCCUCUAACAGAUCUAGCCAUUGCCGCUCAUCUGUUCUCCAAAAAUGUACAUGAUGAAUCCCUACCGACUAGCAUCCAAACAAUGUCCUGCAAGUUACUACUGAACCUCGUGGACUGCAUUCGUCAGCGGUCUGAGAGCGAGGGUGCAGCAGCGUCAGGCGCGCAGCCGCAGGGCCGACAACUGCUCAUGCGCAUACUUGAGGUAUUUGUGCUCAAGUUCAAGACCAUCUCCAAACUCCAGCUACCAGCACUUAUGGCAAAAUGUAAAAUGACGCCUGUUGCCACUAACGGGAAUGGCACUACUCCUAGCACACCCACCAUUCUAGCACCGGUUACUUCCAGUGAAAUAAAGUUAGAAGAGGAAAAACCCACUCCAGAUCUAUUAGAUAGUCUCUCCAAACCCGAGGAGAAAUCCAAAAUUGGAUUUCCAUCUUCACAGUUGAAUAACUUAAAUGUUGGAGACUAUAGAACACUGGUGAAGACUUUAGUGUGCGGUGUGAAGACUAUUACAUGGGGUUGUGCAUCUUGUAAGACUGCGCCAACGACCGAAGGUCAACCAGCGACUACUAUAACUGGUCAGAAGCAACUAAGUCCCCGAGAGACGCUGGUUUUCAUUAGACUGGUGCGCUGGGGCUUGCAGUCUCUGGAUAUUUAUACUUUAUGUGCUCCUCGGGCUCCCGUCAUGCCUCCAGCCAUGCCCCACGUACGAUCUAAGGAAGAGAAAGAGGUUCUAGAGCACUUCAGUGGUGUGUUCUCCAUGAUGAACCCGCAAACGUUCCAAGAGAUAUUCACCGCGACAAUUUCUCAUAUGGUAGAAAGAAUCAACAAAAAUAUGACGUUGCAAAUAAUUGCCAACACAUUUUUAUCGAACCCCGCGACGUCGCCCAUAUUCGCGACUGUUCUCGUCGAAUAUCUCCUCAAACGAAUGGAAGAAAUGGGCACCAAUGUUGAGAGAUCUAACUUGUAUUUGAGACUUUUCAAACUAGUGUUCGGUUCAGUUAGUCUGUUCCCCACUGAGAAUGAGCAAAUGUUGCGUCCGCAUCUCCACAGUAUUGUCAACAAGGCCAUGGAUUACGCCAUGACUGCUAAAGAACCUUACAAUUAUUUCUUGCUCUUAAGAGCUCUCUUCCGUUCCAUUGGCGGCGGCAGUCAUGAUCUCCUAUAUCAGGAGUUCUUACCACUUUUACCCAACUUACUAGAGGGUUUGAACCGCCUACAAAGUGGUCUUCACAAACAGCACAUGAAAGACCUAUUCGUCGAGUUGUGCUUGACCGUACCCGUCAGACUUAGCAGUCUAUUGCCUUAUCUACCGAUGUUGAUGGAUCCGCUAGUGUCAGCUUUAAACGGUUCUCACACGUUGAUAUCUCAAGGCCUGCGAACUCUCGAGCUCUGCGUGGAUAAUUUGCAACCUGACUUUUUAUAUGAACACAUACAACCCGUCAGAGCGGACUUGAUGCAAGCGCUCUGGAGGACGUUGCAGAACAAUGAAGUUGCAAGGAUAGCAUUUAGAGUGCUCGGGAAAUUUGGUGGCGGCAACCGUAAGAUGAUGAUCGAGCCGCAGAGACUCGAGUAUCGCGAGACGGAUGCGCCGCCACCCGCCGUUCAAGCCUAUUUCCAAGAUCAGUCAAAACCGUUAGAUUUCGAAGUAGAUAAGGUAAUUGAAACAGCCUUUUCUGCGUUAAAGUCCAGCACAACCGAUCCGUUCUACCGCCGUCAAUGCUGGGAAGUAUUGAGAUGCUAUCUUGCGUCAUCACUUAAUUUGGACGACGAUAAAGCCACCCUGCAGAAACUUUUCAACCAUCCGAGCUUCCUUGAUGGUAAAAUCAUAACACAAAAUGGACCUUACUACAAAUGCACAAAUACUAUCGUUAGAAAUACCCAUCGCACAGCGUUGACUGGAAUGUUUGUGGCAGCUGCCAUCAAAGAAUUACGCCAUCACGUUUUACCAACAAUGGUAUCACUCGUGCGACAUUAUACUCUAGUAGCCAUAGCUCAAGAGGCAGGACCGUUUGCCGGUUCCGGAACACCCAAAGAAGGUCUCGAUCCACUGGUUCUCAUCGAUGCCAUUGCGGUUGUGAUGGGGCAUGAAGAAAAAGAGCUUUGCAAGCCGGGACAUCUUGCUCUGGUGCUGAUGAUAGAAACCGCAGCAACCGUACUGGGAGGUAAAGAACGCGCAUGUCGCCUGCCCUUGAUGGAGUACUUAGCGGAACGAAUGUCGGCGUUGUGCUACGAACGCGCUUGGUACGCCAAGUUGGGCGGAUGCAUCGCCGUGAAAUUUAUGUUUGAAAAAAUGGCUCCGGAGUGGGUUUACAAGCACGUGUUCACGUUCCUGAAGGCAGUUCUGUUCGUGAUGAUGGAUUUGACGGGCGAAGUAUCAUCUGGAGCUAUAGAUAUGGCGACGGUGAACCUGGAGCGAUUGGUUCGCGUGUGUGUCACGGGCCCGGCGGGACAGGUGGAGCCGGAAGGAGAAGUAGCCGCUGCAAAGGCUAGGGCUCUACAUGACGUGCUUCAAGAACUUGUGCUGCAAGUGACGAGCCCACAUCUUCUAGUCAGACAACAGGCAAUGAAGUCUUUGGAGCUAAUAGCAGAAUUACAAGGCAAGACUGUGACAGAAGUGAUGGAUCCUCACAGAGAGGUGUUGGCGGACAUCAUCCCUCCGAAGAAACAUUUGCUUCGUCACCAACCUGCUAAUGCCCAAAUGGGACUCAUGGACGGAACUACAUUCUGUACUACUUUGAAACCAAGACUCUUCACUAUAGAUCUGAACAUAAAUGAGCACAAAGUAUUCUUCCGGGAGUUGUUAUCUCUCUGCGAAGCGGAAGAUGCGAUGUUAGGCAAACUCCCGUGCUACAAGGGUGUCAACUUGGUGCCGCUGCGAGCGUCCGCCCUGCGCGCCCUCGCGGCUUGCCACUAUAUACAAGAGAAACACUGCCGGGAGAAGAUCUUCCAAGUGCUUUACAAGUCACUAGAGAAAAAUGAUACGGAGUUACAACAGGCUGGAUUUGAAUGCAUGCAGAAAUUCCUAUCCGGAUUCCAAAUAGACAUGGAGAUGGUGCAUCCGGUGAUGCGACCACUCCUCCUCACACUUGGAGACCACCGAAACUUGAGCGUGAAUGGCGCUAAACGACUCUCAUAUUUGACUCAGCUGUUUCCCUCAACAUUCAGUGAGAAGCUAUGCGAACAAUUGUUACAACUAUUGAAGAAACUUCUAGAUUAUUCUAUACAGACUAAUAGAGGUGGAAACUUCCUCCAAAGCGUGUCAAAGAACAUGGAGAACGAGCAGAAGAUAAUAAUUCUGAUCGGCAUCUUCCAUCAAAUCCCGGCGGCGUCCCCGCGGUUCAUCGACGUACUGUGCCGACUCAUCUUCCACACGGAGAAGUCGCUCAUGGUGGAAGCAGGCUCGCCAUUUAGGGAGCCGCUUGUGAAGUUCCUUAUAAGGUACCCAAAAGAAACACUAGACUUAAUCAUGAUGGACAACAACAUCAAAGACCAGCAGUGGAGUAGAUUCCUCAUCUUCCUCAUCAAGCACCCAGAAGCCGGCGGAACAUUCAGGGAAGCCUUGCAGACUUCUAAGAAGCCCCGUCUUAUGCAACUGUUGGCUACUAACACUGGGGCUGCCGCGACCACCCUACCACAGGCAGAUAGGGCAGAGAUGCAGUUCCAAGCGAUCAGAGCCGUAUCGCUAUUGAUUAAGUUCGAUGAUCAGUGGAUGUCGACUCAACAUGAUCUCAUGGAAAUGAUUAAGCGGAUUUGGUGCAACGACCAGUAUCAUGAGAGCCACAAAAAAGUGGAGAACAUAGACUGCACGCAUUGGAAGGAGCCUAAGCUGAUCGUGAAGAUCCUGUUGCACUACUUCUGUCACCAUCCGAACAACAUAGAACUCCUCUUCCAGCUGCUGCGAGCGUUCUGUGAUCGAUUUAUACCCGAUUUCCAGUUCCUCCGCGACUUUCUAGAGAACACGGUUGCGCAGAACUAUACGGUGGAAUGGAAACGGUCGGCGUUCUUCCGAUUUGUGGAGCACUUCUCAGACGACAGCAUGUCUCAGGAGUUGAAGGCAAAGGUCCUACAGAUGAUCCUGAUUCCUUGCUUCGCCAUCAGCUUCGACAAGGGCCAGAAGAUCGUCGGUGGAGCACCCGCGCCUUAUCAUGAUAGCCCUGAUAAUAUCGUCUCUGUGUUUAUCAACAAUGUGAUAGAUCCGGAGAAUCCGUUCGCGUGUUCGGACGCGGUGCGCAUAUCAUUACUCCAGUUCGCGUGCCUACUGCUAGAGCAGGCGUCCGCGCACAUCCACGACGCGAACAACAAGAAGCAGGGCAAUAAGCUGCGCCGGCUCAUGACCUUCGCCUGGCCCUGUCUGCUCGGCAAGAACUAUGUCGAUCCUGCUACUAGGUAUCACGGACAUUUGUUGCUCAGUCACAUCAUCGCGAAGUUCGCGAUACAUAAAAGAAUCGUUCUGCAAGUGUUCCACAGCCUACUAAAAGCCCACGCUGUAGAGGCAAGGUCGGUGGUGCGACAGGCACUAGAGAUCCUUACACCGGCUAUGCCCCAGCGGAUGGAGGACGGUAACACGAUGCUCACGCACUGGACCAAGAAAAUCAUCGUCGAGGAUGGUCAUUCGGUGCAGCAGCUCUUCCACAUACUACAGCUUGUUGUUAGACAUUAUAAGGUGUAUUACCCGGUACGUCACGCGCUGGUCGGCCACAUGGUGGCGGCGAUGCAGCGGCUGGGGUUCUCGGCGACGGCCUCGCUGGAGCACCGCCGCCUCGCCGUCGACCUCGCCGAAGUGGCGCUCAAGUGGGAGCUGCAACGCAUCCGCGAUCACACGCAUGAUGAUAAUGUGGCGACAUCGCCAAGCGGCGCACUGAAGCGCAUAUCAUCAGACGACAGCAUGUCGGAGCCACGCAAGGCUCUGAACACGGGCUGGGCCAGUCCGCAAGCCAGCGUGUCGCGGCUCGAACCUGACGCCGCCAAGCCGCUGGACCGACAACACGUCGACGUCGUCGUCAACCUGCUGCUACGCCUAGCAUGCCAGGUGAACGAAGGCGCGGGUGCCGGCGGAGGCGGUGCGGCGGGGUCCCCGGGCGAGCAGCUGUCGCGCCGCUGCGUGCUGCUGCUCAAGGCCGCGCUCAAGCCCGACGUGUGGCCGCAUCUCUGCGAGCCCAAACUCGCUUGGCUUGAUAAAGUAUUCGCAACAGCAGACUCGAACGCCGCAGCCUGCGCGAACGCAUGCACGGCUUUAGAACUGCUAGUAUUUCUUCUAACUGUGCUAAGACGCGACCAGGCACUUGUGGCACUCAAACCGCUACAACGCGGGCUAGCCGCUUGCGUAGCCUCUAACAAUGCCAAGAUAGUGCGGCUCACCCAUAACUUGUUAGCUAAACUGACCGCACUAUUCCCUACUGAACCCACCGGAGUUGCCCAAGUUUCUAAGUACGAAGAGCUAGAAACCCUGUAUGCUUGUGUAAGCAAGUAUGCGUUCGAAGGGUUAGCUACAUACGAGAAAUCAGCUCCGGGGAACGCGGCUACAGCUUUACACGGGCCGCUGAUGAUGUUGAAGGCGUGUUGUUCUUCCAACCCUGGGUACAUCGACCGGCUGGUGUUGCCCCUGAUGCGGGUGCUGCACCGCAUGGUGAAGGACCACGUGUCGUCGGCGGGCGGCGCGGCGGCUGGGGCGGCGCCCGCCGCGCCCGCCGCCGCCAGCAGCGCCGCGGCUAGCCAGGACCCCUCGCUUUCUGAUCUGCUCAUUCUGGCGCUAGACCUGCUGAAGGGCCGCGUGUCCGUCAUGGCGGUUGAUACUCGAAAGACUUUCAUUGGCACUGUACUAGUCGGGCUUAUUGAAAAAACUACCGAUCCCAAGGUGAUGAAAGCAAUAACGCGCAUGGUAGAGGAGUGGGUGAAGUCUCGCAGUGCCAGCGUGGCACUAGGCGCGGGGGCGGCGCCGUCGCUCAGAGAGAAGUCCAUACUACUGGUCAAACUGAUGCAGUACGUCGAGAAACGCUUUCCGGACGAUCUGGAGCUUAACGCGCACUUUCUGGACAUCAUCAACUAUGUGUACAGAGACGAACAUCUAAAAAUGACAGAGUUAUCAAUGAAACUCGAACCAGCCUUCCUCGCGGGCCUCCGGUGCCCUCAACCACACAUCCGUGCCAAGUUCUUCGAGGUGUACGACACGAGCGUGCGCCGGCGCAUAUUCGACCGGCUGCUCUACAUCAUAUGCUCGCAGAAUUGGGAGCACAUCGGACAACACUUCUGGAUCAAACAGUGCUUGGAACUCCUGCUUGUGUGCUGUGUCUCUAACUCCCAAAUCCGCCUGUCGAACACGAAAUACCUUCUACCAAGUAUCACAGCUGUAAUCAACUGGGCGGACAGUGAGGAGCGAAAAUCUUUCGUCAUCUUCAGCUCGGUUAAGGAAGAGUCCAGUGACGGAUUCAGUGACUCCCUCGACCCGGACAAGGAAGAUGUCCUUGAUAUGGACCUCGAUUCCAACUCUACUCAUAAAGAAGAUCUCACUAAGAAUCAACCUAACAGGCAACGCGCAAUAAACCAGAUAGUAUGCAAGCAGUCUGAGUUCCUGGAGCUGGCGCGACGCGUGCGCACUGAGCAGCUGGUGGCGGCCGCGGCACAGUUGUGUCAUAUGGACGACGUGCUGGCCCAUCAUACCUGGCUGAGGCUCUUCCCUAAACUGUGGAGCACCCUGGAUGAUAGGCAGCUUGGAACCGUAAUGAAUGAGAUCGUGCCGUUCAUAAUAUCGGGUAUCCACGUGAUACAACGCGACCAGCCGCAGAGCGCACUCAAUAGCUUCAUCGAGGCGCUCGCUCGCUGCAACCCGCCAAUCACCAUCAAACCGCCUAUGAUGAAAUACCUCGGCAAGACUCACAAUCUGUGGCACCGAAUGACGCUGAAUUUAGAACAAAUGGCCAUAGACCAGGCUGCAGGUCGCACGCCACGCGACCAACUCGAGAUAUAUGAUUAUGACACUGAAACUACCACACCGACGGAAACACUCGACUCACUUAGUGACAUGUACGAACUGCUGCAAGAAGAAGACAUGUGGUCGGGAUUGUGGCAGAAACACGCGCGGUAUCGCGAGACCAACGUCGCCAUCGCGUACGAACAACAAGGAUUCUUUGAACAAGCACAGGCCGCAUACGACGUCGCAAUGGCUAAACUAAAGCAAGAUUACACCGCCAACCCAACAACGUACAACAUACACAAGGAAUGCACUCUCUGGACUCAGCACUGGAUCAAAUGCGCUCGAGAACUGAACCAAUGGGACUCGCUACUAGACUUGGGACUCACUCGGGGCUCGCGGGACCCAUUCCUGAUACUGGAGAGUUCAUGGAGGAACCCCAAUUGGCCGACCAUGAAAGAUGCUCUUGCUGAAGUGGAGUAUAAUUGCCCUAAGGAAUUAUCAUGGGUCGUGAAUCUGUAUCGCGGCUACCUGUGCAUCUGCGCGGGCGGGGAGCAGCAGGUGGCGGGCGUGGAGCGGCACGCGGAGGCGGCGGCCGCGGCCUGCCUGCGGGACUGGCGCCGCCUGCCGCGCCUCGUCAGCCACGCGCAUCUACCGCUGCUACGCGCCGCGCAGCAGCUCAUGGAGCUCAGCGAGGCCGCGCAGAUACACUCCGGCUUGCUCCACAGCCGUCCGACCUCCUUACACGACAUGAAGGCAAUAGUGAAAACGUGGCGUAAUCGGCUACCGGUCGUAGCGGACCCUCUAUCGCACUGGGGCGCCAUAUUCACGUGGCGUCAACACCAUUACCAGUUCAUAGCGUCGCACUACGACUCGCAGACCGAACACGCCGCCAAUCACAGCAUGUUAGGCGUGCAUGCUAGUGCGCAGGCCAUUAUACACUUCGCAAAGAUAGCGAGAAAACACAAUUUGUCUGGCGUGUGCCUUGAUUCAUUGCAUCGCAUCUACACGAUACCGAGCGUGCCCAUAGUAGACUGCUUCCAAAAGAUUCGGCAGCAAGUCAAAUGUCAUAUACAGAUGUCCUGGACGGAGGGGAAGGACGAACUGCAAGAGGGCUUGGACAUGAUAGAAUCUACCAAUUUCAAAUACUUUACUAAGGAAAUGACAGCUGAGUUCUACGCAUUCAAAGGAUUGCUUCUAGCUCAGUUAGGACGCUCAGAAGACGCCAACAAGGCGUUCGCGGCGGCGGUACAGCUCCACGACACUCUGGUGAAAGCGUGGGCGCUGUGGGGCGACUACUUGGAGCAGAUCUUCAUCCGGGACCCGCGCCAAGUGCAGGUCGGAGUAUCCGCCAUGACCUGCUUCCUGCACGCCUGCCGCCACCAGAACGAGUCCAAGUCCAGGAAGUAUUGCGCCAAGGUACUGUGGAUGCUGAGCUUCGACGACGAGAAGAACAGCCUGGCAGAGGCGCUGGACAAGUACUCGGUGGGCGUGCCGCCCGUGCAGUGGCUGCCCUGGAUCCCGCAGCUGCUCGCCUGCCUCGUGCAGUACGACGGAAACGUCAUACUCAACCUGCUCAGCCAUGUUGGUCGUCUAUAUCCCCAAGCCGUAUACUUCCCCAUCCGCACGCUAUACCUGACCCUGAAGAUAGAACAGCGUGAGCGACACAAGAGUGCGGAGACCCUAGCCUCGCAUGUACCACACCAAACUGCCGCCACUGCCUCCCACAGCAAGGCCAACGAAGGCGCGUCGUCUUCGUCCAGCGGGUCCGCGGAGACUGGCCCCAUCAAGGCCACGUUGCCCAUGUGGCGCUGCUCCAAGAUCAUGCAGCUGCAGCGCGAGAUACACCCCACCGUGCUCUCCUCCCUCGAGGGGAUUGUUGAUCAGAUGGUGUGGUUCCGCGAGAACUGGUACGAGGAGGUGCUGCGCCAGCUGCGCGCGGGGCUGGCUAAGUGCCACGUGGUGGCGUUCCACCACCGCGCCGCCGUAGCCGACGCCACCGUCACGCCGCAUACGCUCAACUUUAUCAAGAAAGUCGUCUCCACAUUCGGCAUCGGGAUUGGCAUCAAAAGUGUUUCAAGUUCUGUAAGUGGUGCAUUCUCUUCAGCUGCAUCGGAGAGCCUCGCGCGGCGAGCGCAGGCCACCGUGCAGGACCCAGUCUUCCAGAAGAUGAAGAGCCAGUUCACCGCCGACUUUGACUUCACCCAGCCCAAUGCUAUGAAGCUCCAAAACCUCAUACAGAAGCUGAGGAAGUGGGUCAAGAUACUAGAGGCCAAAACAAAGGUGUUGCCCAAAUCGUUCCUGAUAGAAGAGAAGUGCAGGUUCCUGUCUAACUUCAGCUUGAAGACGGCUGAAGUGGAACUGCCAGGCGAGUGCCUGCUUCCCAAACACACUCACUACCACGUGCGGAUCGCUCGGUUCAUGCCGAGAGUUGAAAUUGUCCAGAAACACAACACGUCCGCACGAAGACUCUACAUUCGCGGGCACAACGGGAAAAUAUACCCUUACUUAGUAGUAAACGACUCAGGGUUAGGAGACGCGCGGCGUGAAGAAAGAGUGCUGCAGCUACUGCGAAUGUUAAACCACUAUUUGGGAAAACAGAAGGAAACGUCUAGAAGAUUCUUGCACUUUACUGUACCGCGCGUUGUGUCCGUUUCGCCGCAAAUGCGUCUCGUGGAGGACAACCCAAGUUCGAUAUCUUUACUGGACAUAUAUCGUACUGAAUGUGCUAAUAGGGGUGUGGAAUACGAUGCUCCCGUGGCGCGUUACUACGAGCGAUUGGCAGCCGUACAAGCUCGCGGAUCACAGGCUUCACAUCAAGUACUGAGGGACAUCUUGCGGGAGGUGCAAGCCACAAUGGUGCCAAAGGGCAUGUUGCGAGAAUGGGCGGCAGCGACGUUCGCGGCUCCGACAGACUAUUGGACGUUCCGUAAGAUGCUCACCCUGCAGCUGGCGCUCUCGAGCUUCGCCGAAUACGUGCUCCACUUGACCAGGCUCAACCCCGACAUGAUGUACGUCCACCAAGAUUCCGGACUCCUCAACGUAUCAUAUUACAAGUUCGACGUCGACGAUACCACGGGCGAAUUAGAUGGCAACCGGCCGGUGCCGUUCAGGCUGACCCCUAACAUCUCUGAGCUGCUGACCACUAUAGGUAUCACCGGCCCACUCACCGCAUCCUGCAUCGCCGUGGCUCGUUGCCUCGUCACGCCCAACUUUAAGAUCCAAUCCAUUCUGCGCACGAUCCUUCGAGAUGAAAUGGUUACCGGAUACAGAAAGCGUUUGGAAGACAAAUCAGGAAUGCCUUCCGCGGGUACAUCAGCCGAAAGCAAACCAAUGGAGAUGGACAACGAGACCAUCAUCAACAUGGUGAACAAAGCCGUGACGGUCAUCAUGAACCGGCUCAAUUCUCUGGCGCAGUUCGACGGGCCCGACAGCAAAGUCGCCACUCUUGUCACUGCCGCCAACAGUCAUGACAAUUUAUGCCGAAUGGAUCCCGCUUGGCAUCCUUGGCUGUAAACAUUUUGGUCCUUCGAGCCGGAUCAAAAACUGAUCAGUUAUUUAACUUGGUCCUUUGAAACUCGAUAUUUUUAAUCACUGUUUGUCAAAAAUAGACAUGUGUUUAACAAUUAAAAUGUAUUUCUCAUAAUGCCGUAUGACUGAAGAUUUGUUAUUGACGUGUCUUAGAUUAAGAAGUUUUACAUUAAUAGUGAUGUUAAGUUAGGAAUUAUGUUGAUAGAUAGUACGAAAUUGUACAUCAGGAUACGGACUACGUUUAUAAUAAAACUGUGAUCUUUGGUAUCCGAAGGGUAUUAAAAAUAAAAUAUGAUGUAUAAUAAA